AUGUCAUCGAACAAUUCUCACCACUUGCAUCGUGUUGGCCGUUGGAUGCCAGCAGACCAUGCUGCCCAUCGUGAAUGGCUCGAUGGGGUGAUCAAGAAAGUUGACAGUAGCAAAAAAGCCCUGCAUCCCGUCCUUCAGGAAUUCAAGCAGUUGAUCGAGAGCAACACCAGGGUUUAUAUGCUCUUGACGGGCAUGUUCAGAGAAGUCCCGCACAAGAAGCCAUACAGCAAGGAUCCUACCGGUUCUGCGCAGAUCCGUGACUAUGAUCACUUCUUGCAAGUUCUCAAUUAUCUCCUCACUUCGGCCCCUUCGUGGACCGACAAGGCCCACCGAGUCGGUCUGGUUGGCCUACCCAUCAACGCUGUCCUGGAUUGGGCAAUGGGCACUCCUAGUGGAUACGCUGCGUUCCUGGACCCGGAGAUCAACGCCAUGCUGAAGAAAGUUCUUAAUGCAUGGGGAGAGUUCCUGCGGUCGCCUGCGUCAGCUGAGGUACUAAAUACUAACCCCCAUGGCUGGUUGGGCGAAACGGGCCACCGUGACCUGACAAUCGCCGCAAGAGUGGGCCCAACGGCGGCUAAGAACCUGCAAUUUCAAGAUAUGUUCCAGUGCGAACCAUCUGCACCAAACUUUGGAUUCAAAUCCUGGGAUGAUUUCUUCACCCGUCGAUUCUCCGAAGGGAUGCGCCCAGUCGCUGAACCUGACAGUGGUCGCGUGAUUGCAAACGCGUGUGAGUCCAAGCCAUACCGGCUUGCGCACAAUGUUCGCGCCCGCGACCAUUUUUGGAUAAAGAGCCAGCCUUAUUCGGUGCUCGAUAUGCUCGGUCAUGACGAGCUUGCAUCGCAGUUUGUUGGUGGUACGAUUUACCAGGCGUUUCUAAGUGCUUUGAGCUAUCACCGUUGGCAUGCGCCUGUUGGUGGGAAAGUUGUUAAAGCCUACGUUGUGGAUGGCACUUAUUAUUCAGAGCCACUGUUCGAGGGUGUCGGUAACCCGGCAGCUCACUCAGCGAAAAUUGAUAUGGAGGGACAGACUAUCUCUCAGUCGUACAUCACAGCUACAGCCACCCGUGCUCUGAUCUUUAUUGAAGCAGACGAGCCUGCCAUCGGCUUGAUAGUUUUCAUUGGGGUAGGGAUGGCCGAAGUUUCGACUUGUGACAUCACUGUCAAAGAAGGGGAUCACAUUAAGAAGGGUGAUGAAAUUGGCAUGUUCCACUUUGGUGGGUCUACCCACUGCUUGCUUUUUCGGAAGGGCGUCAAUGUGUCUGGAUUCCCAGAGCCAGGAAGAGAGGAGAAUGUGCCAGUUCGAAGCCAUUUGGCGACGGUGUCUUGA